AGAGAGAGGGAGGAUGCCUGUUUGGAGCAGCAGGCAUCAAGGAGAGAGAGAGAUGGCAUAUUAGACCAUUACCAUGAGCAGAGCCCAGGGCCUCUGCUAAACAGCUUUUCCAUUUCUUAAUAAAAACAUAUUCCACCAAAUGUCUCCUGUCCCUUGCAGAGCCCUGCCAGCUGGUACCUUCACUCCUUCUGCAGCCUGUAGAAAGAAGAGAAGUUUAAUUUUUUUUAAGUGUUGAAAAGGGAUUUUUUUUUAAGUGAGGGCCAAAAGACCGAGAGUGGUGGUGGAGGAGGAAGGGGAGGGGCAGUGCUGAAAUCAGGGUAGCUGAAGCUUGGCCGCCUUUAGGAGGUCUGUGUACCUGGGGGGCUGCUUGAAUGCAAGCUAUUCUGAGCGCCUCCCAGCAAAGCUGCAGCAGCAACAGCUCAGCAGAUGUAGAUGUGUGCGGGUGUGCAUGCUUAACCCUUUCUUCGCUCCCUGGAUUUAUACCAUGCUGAAGAUCCUAACCAAAAAGCUCAGGGACCAGAGUUUGAAUGAGAUCCAGCCUUUCCAGCUAAAGAUCUCCUACCCCCCAAGUGAUGAGGAGGACAGCGAUGACUCUGAGGGAGAGAACCAGGAGCUUGCUCAGAUCGACAGAGAGAGAAGACGGAAUUGCACACUGACCCCUCUUGCGACCAAUCAGCUCCAGAACCAGGAGAAUCAAUGCUGUAAGGUCCGGGCCCUUUUCCAUGCUAGCUUGGAUCGCCACAGCUCGGAAGAGGAAUUGGAGCGCAUCAACCGAGAGUUUGCCACCGAGAAGCGGAAGUGGUCUCAGGUCAGCAGGCUUUCUUGCUGUGGUGACAGCAACAACACGUCCUCCAGUGACGAGGAAGUGAAGAACUUGUGCGGCAUGUCCUUCCGGCCCGUGGUGGAACAAGCCGAUGGUCUGCAUGCUAGCCCCAGCCCAGUGCUGUUCAGUGCCUCCCCUCCUAAGAGACUCCAGCCCUUGGUGCGGAACCCAACCUCCAGGCCUCUGAUAUUCACAAGUGUUGGGGCCGGCUUUGAGCAAGUCAUGCCUUGUAAGAGACACCGGCAAGGCUACGGGGACAAGGUCAGCAGACCCAGCCUUGACCUGGAAAAAAUGCAGCAGAAGAUGCUGCUCAAGAAGAACUGUGGCGCAAAAACAAGAGUUAUUAAAAUUCGCAGUGUGAACGGGAACCGCCCACCAUCCCACUUGGUGUACGACCCAUCAACCUUUGCCUUCCGUUCCCUCAGCACCUUGAAGCCCCUGAGCCCAAUAGCUCCAGUUGAAGAACCGUCAUGUGCCUACUGAAGGAGUUUCUCCGAAACCUCAGGAAUUGUCGUACCACCCAUCCCCCUGGCAGGGAUGGGAUGGGAUGGGGGACGGGGACAUCUUUGCAAUAGCAAUCUCCGUGGCAGUGGAGAAACAGGUGGAUUUGCACCAGUGCCUAGUUUUACAUCAUUGGGAGUGAAAUGAGCAAGUCUGCUUCAUAAGCUACUGUGGAGCCAUGAAGAUGGUGUCAGCCACACGGACAUGCCAGGUGUAUUUAGCCCUCCAGGGCUAGCAGGCAGUCACUGCGUAGAGGGCAGCGGUGGAGACCGGGCAGGUUGCUACCGCAUGCCCACCAGAACUGAGUAGAUUUCUCCCCAGAUGCUUUGCUGGAGGGCCAGCCGCUUCCCCCAAACUGAAGAGUUCUCAGGGCUGGAGACAGAGGUUGCCUAGGGCGCCCUACAAAGAGAAUGGGGCCCUUCUGCAAGGUUGUUGAAAUGAUGCUCAUUUGAAGCCCUGCUACAGUUGAGGGACCCUGGGAAUUGGGGGGUGGGGAGUGUGAAUGUAGAGCCUGCAGGUGCCUACCCUGAUUAUUCUGCUGUUGGGGCAUUGAUCCAAUCUAAAGAUGGUUAAAAUGGGCAGGCAGAUAGCACCGGCGUUAAGGGAAUGCCCAUCAGGGCCGGCUCUAGGCACCAGCAAAACAAGCUGGUGCUUGGGGCGGCAUA